ACCCCUAAAAAUGUUUACGUCGUCUCUUCCAUAGAAGAGGAUGCUGGGAAAAGUCGAAAAGUCCGCCAUCUUUGCACACAUUGCGUCAAGGCUGUGAAACAAAUUUUGCGGGAAAGAAUUCGUCAAAAUGCCUCCCAAAAACAGGGGCAACAGCGGCGCCGCCAAGUCUAAAAAGGCAGAGGAAAAGAAGAAGGAUAAGAUUAUCGAGGAUAAAACUUUUGGUCUGAAGAACAAGAAGGGCAACAAGCAGCAGAAGUUCAUCCAGCAUGUCACGCACCAGGUCAAGGUCGGCGGGACGGCCAAGGACAUGCGCAAACUUCAGGAGAAGAAGGAGCAGGAGAAGCUGGAGAAGGAGAAGAAGAAGAGGGAAGCCGAGGAGCUGAACAAGCUCUUCAAACCUGUGGCUGGCCAGCAGAAAAUAGGGAAAGGUGUUGAUCCGAAGUCAGUGGUGUGUGCGUUCUUCAAGCAGGGUCUGUGUAAGAAGGGAGACAAGUGUAAAUUCUCUCACGACCUGACCAUGGACAGGAGAGAGAAACGCAGUCUGUAUGUGGACGUCAGGGACGAAGAUCUGGAGAAGGUGGACACCAUGGAGAACUGGGACGAGGCCAAGCUGCAGGAGGUCGUGGACAAGAAACACGGAGAAGCCGACAAGAAGAAGGGCAACGAAACCAAGAUUGUCUGUAAGUACUUCCUGGAGGCUAUAGAACAGGAGAAGUACGGCUGGUUCUGGAACUGUCCCAACGGAGAGUCCUGUAUCUACAGACACGCCCUGCCUCCGGGCUUCGUGCUGAAGAAGAAGGAGAACAAACUGGAAAAGAAGGACGAGAUCUCACUGGAAGAACUUAUUGAGAGAGAGAGAGCUGCCUUAGGUCCAGACACCACCAGGGUCACCCUAGAGUCCUUCAUUGCCUGGAAGAAGAGAAAAAUCCAGGAGAAGAAGAAGAAGCUGGAAGACAACAAGGCCAAGAAGAAAGCAGACUUCAAAUCUGGCAAGACUCUUAUGGUGUCAGGACGUGAGGUGUUUGAGUUCAGACCGGAACUUGUUGAGGAAGGUGAUGAUGAUGAGGGUGGUACCUACGUGCACCAGAGACAGCAGGAAGAGGAGCAGGAUGAGACGGAGGCUACGGAGGUGAGCCUGGAGGCGUUUGCGAUGGCGGCAAGGGAGGUCGACGGAACGGGAACGGUCGCCAGCAAGGACAGGAGACCCGGGGGAGGGGACACAAACCCCAACCCCCUACAAACCCAAGAUGAGUCCACUAAACUAGACCAGGCUGCAGCGAUUGUUCCCGAUACUGAAACUCCCGUCACCAACGGACCCUCCAACGGUCCCGUAGAAGAACCGACAAAUGAAGACGUGCCAAUAGACGAAAACCUUUUCGAUGCAGAGGACGACGAUCUUCUAGAAAUCGAGGAAGAAUUAGACACCUUAGAUCUGGACGAUUAACUGCAAAGUGCAUGUACAAAUGUAGGUAAAAAAUGCAGGGAGGAACUCUGAAGAUUGGAGAGAGGUUGUGAAUACAAAUGAACUGAAUUUUACGUGGUUACAACGCGGCAAAAAAUAAACCAUACUAAGUCACAACAUCGGCUGACUGAAUUCUUCAGUGCGUCGGCUACACCCAACAACCAUGGGCAUGGACUGCUCUCAAGUCGCCGCCUUCAUAGAUUGCAAAACUUGAUUUAUUAAAAUUCUGUAUUAAAGAAAUUAAGUCUUCUCGGAGAUACAACUGAG